AUGGCACUUCUCGUUGAUAGGCUUAGGCCUAGAAGCCUUGAUGCUCUCACCUACCAUAAUGACCUUUCUGCUCGAUUAAAAUCGCUUGCGCAAAGCGGUGAUUUCCCCCACCUUCUCGUUUAUGGACCGUCGGGGGCAGGAAAGAAAACCAGAAUAAUUGCUACACUUAAAGAACUCUUUGGUCCCGGAGUCGAAAAGAUUAAGAUCGAUGCGCGGAUCUUUCAAACCACCAGCAAUCGCAAGCUGGAAUUCAACAUUGUCUCCUCCAUCUACCACCUUGAAAUCACGCCGUCCGAUGUCGGGAAUUACGACCGGGUUGUGGUGCAGGAGCUUCUAAAGGAGGUUGCGCAAACGCAGCAGGUCGACUUGUCCGCGAAGCAGCGAUUUAAGGUCGUUGUGAUUAAUGAGGCAGAUCAUCUCACGCGAGAUGCGCAGGCAGCCCUACGAAGAACGAUGGAAAAAUACAGUCCAAACCUGAGACUUAUUCUUCUUGCCAACAGCACAGCGAAUAUCAUCGCUCCCAUUCGAUCCAGAACCCUCCUUGUUAGAGUCGCCGCGCCCGCCGAGGCUGAAAUAUGCCAAGUGUUGAAACUUGCAGUGAAAAAAGAAGGCUGGACAGAGGCGCCAGGCCUUAACAAGCGGAUAGCUAAGGAGAGCGGGCGGAAUCUUAGGCGUGCUCUUCUCAUGUUAGAAGCUAUAUAUGCACAGAACGAGAAAGUCACGGAUGAUACUCCUAUCCCGCCACCAGACUGGGAGGCAUUGAUAUCCUUGAUUGCGGAUGAAAUCAUGGCAGAUCGUUCGCCUGGAAGAAUUCUUCAGGUUCGAGCAAAAUUAUACGACCUGUUAACGCAUUGUAUCCCCCCAACAACCAUACUCAGGACAUUGACUUUCAAACUAAUACCCAAAAUCGACGACGCGUUGAAACCUGAAGUUAUUAAAUGGGCAGCCUUCUACGAACAUAGAAUAAAGCUUGGAAGUAAAGUUAUAUUUCAUCUUGAAGCGUUUGUUGCCAAAUUUAUGCGAGUACUCGAGAGUUAUUUGAUGGGCCUUGAAUUCUAA